AUGGUGAUUACGAAAUCAAAGAGAACUGCACGAACAAAGCAUACGAAUGAUGAAUUCAUGAAGGAUAUGAAACGUGCUAUGAUGGAGAGUAUGUUAGAAGGGAUCUUGAAUAAGAGAAAGAAAAUGGAUGUUGUGGACAAUGCUGAGCAGGAGACGUCGGAAGAUUCGUCAGAUGGGAGUGGGUCUUCAGUGGAAGUCGUCAAAAAGAUAAGGCACGAGAAAUGCAAGGAGGGGAUGGUGAACUACAAAGAAUGGGUUGUGAGACCAUACAGAAUCACAAUAAAUGUUAUACAAGGCGACUGCAAUGCUCGUGUUACACUGUUCGAUCAAGCGGCAGAGGGUGAAACAACCUCCACAUACUAUAGAGGAUUAAGCACACAAGCGUACACAGAAAUACGCUUCAUGAUGAUGCUCAAGUCUAUAAAAUUCGAUCAACGGGGAAAUCUCAAUAUUGUAGCAAAUGCAAUCCAAAAGACGCAACCGAUGGAAAGCAUCAAUGUUGGAGAUAUUGAAGAAGAACCCACUCAAGAGGAAGAAAAGAAACAUUCACCCGAGAAAUCAAAAAAGAUAAACCCGUCUAGAAAGAAAAAACUACAAUGGAGAAUACUACCACAUGAGAUUGGCCAUUUUCAGAAUCUGGUUACUUUUGAUGCUGGACAUAAUGAGAUUGCAGGCUCAAUUGAUUUCAAUAUUUUCAUGAAUAUGUCUGCUCUGCAAACCAUAUAUCUAGGGCACAACAAAUUCGCAGGGAACCUUUUAAGGGAUGUCGGGAAUAUUACCAUGCUAACAGAGUUAUACCUCCAGGAAAACCAUUUCACAGGGCUUAUUCCCGCUGAAUUUGGCCAACUUUACCAUUUGUCGACAUUACUUUUACGGCGGAACAGCUUGAGUGGUUCGAUUCCACAUGAGCUCUUUAACAUUUCAACUCUUCGGAUUCUUGGACUUGUCGAGAAUGCUCUGUCAGGGGUUCUUCCAACCCAUUUAUGCCAUGGUUCUCCCUCUCUCGAACGACUUUAUCUUGGCAAUAAUUCCAUCAGUGGAGCAAUACCCAACUCCAUCUCUAACUGUUCUCAACUCAUAUACCUCUCACUUUCUGAUAACAAAUUCAGUGGUUAUAUACCUACUCAUCUCGGCAACCUAAGACAACUACAAAGUCUUCAAUUGUUCAGCAACAAUCUUACCCAGGCACCAUCUUCUUCCUUCAUUACUUCAUUGACAAAUUGCAAGUCUCUAACUCGUUUGGAAAUUGAUGAUAAUCCUCUAAAUGGUGUCAUUCCAGCUUCUAUCGGGAACUUAUCUUCCUCACUUCAAACAUUCAGCGCCGGCAACUGCAAAUUCAGUGGCAGCAUUCCUGUUGAAAUAGACAAUUUAAGCAAUCUGAUGAGAUUGGCUUUGCAAGGCAAUGAGUUAUCUGAAUCGAAUGCCUUUCAAGUGGCGGCCACCAAUUUGAACCCCCGCUUUGCCGCCGUUGCCGAGCCCGAGCCCGACGUGGAGGAGAUUGCUUCUAUGCCGGCGGGCACCAAACGUAGCAACUAUUAUCCACCAGAAACGGUGCUAAUUUGCCAUUUGUAUUGCGAGCACACCCACGACUCUGUGGUGGGUGUCGACCAAAAAGGGGCGAAGUUUUGGGGCUCCCUCUGCACCGAAUACAACGCUAACAGGCCCCAAGGAUCUAUUUCACGCGACGUCACGCAAAUCAAAUCUCACUUUCAACGGGUGUCGAAGGAUGCAAAGAGGUUUGAGGCCAUGCACAAAAAAUGCCACGAUCAAUGGAAAUCAGGCAUGAGUGAUAUUCAAAUCCUGGAGCAAGCAGAGGCAAUGUGGCUAGCCGAGUACCGUGUUCCGUUCCGGUAUCCGCAUGCAUGGAAGAUCUUGCGCGAGUCCAAGAAAUUUGCAAGUCUCGGCGAGGAUGUUCACUCCGAUGUCCAUUCGGACAAACGAUCAAAGAGGUCCGACGGUCUUCCCACAACGACUUCUAGUGACGCGAGUAUCUCCACCCGGCCCCAAGGCCAAAAGGCGGCCAAGAGAGACAAGCGGAAAGGCAAGAAAAAAGCCGAAGAGACGUCCGAGGAUAACCAAAAAGCUCUCGGAAAUCUUUAUCUAAACUCCAACAUGUUGAAUUCAAGCAUACCUUCAAGCUUAUGGGGCCUAACAGAUUUGAUCACUCUGGACUUGUCCUCAAAUUCAUUAAAUGGGUCUCUACCUCUAGAGAUGAGUAACUUAGGAGCAGCGAUCUAUAUAAACGUAUCGAUGAAUCAGUUGUCAAAGUCUAUUCCUAGCACUAUUGGGAAGUUGCAGAAUUUGAUUUAUUUGCCUUUGGUAAAUAAUAGACUAGAAGGUUCUAUACCUGUGUCUAUGGGAAGCAUGAUCAGUUUGGAAAAUCUCGACUUGUCGUACAACAACCUCUCUAGUUCAAUUCCAAAGUCUUUAGAAGCACUUCAACACCUCGACUACUUUAAUGUCUCUUUCAAUAGUUUAAGUGGAGAAAUUCCUAAUGGAGGUUCUUUUAGAAACUUCACUAUGGAUUCUUUUAAGGGUAAUGAGGCAUUGUGUGGAAUCCCCAAGUUCCAUGUCCAAAUUUGCUCUUCAAUUUCUAAUCACAGAUCAAAGAGAAAGAAGGUGGAACGAGCUUCAUUUAUUAUUUUUGGGGUUGUGGCUUUCAUCUCAGUUGUUUAUUUGGCCUUUAUAAUUGUCAGAAACAAAAGGAAAGAUAAGACGACAAGAGAAGUUGAUGAGUUGAUAUUCAUUGUGUCGGAAAGAAUCUCUUAUUAUGAGCUGCUGCGAGCAACGAAAAGAUUCGAUGAAAGCAAUUUACUUGGCACUGGGAGUUCUUGCUUUGUUUAUAAAGGAAUUCUUAACAAUGGGAUGAAUAUCGUUGUCAAGGUGUUCAAUAUGCAGCUAGAAGGUAUUUCAAGAAUAUUUGAUGUCGAAUGUGAGAUACUACGUAGCAUUCGACACAGGAAUCUGACAAGCGUCAUAAGCAGUUGCUCUAAUGAAGAGUUCAAGGCAUUAGUACUUGAAUAUAUGCGAAAGGGAAACCUUGAAAAGUGGUUAUAUUCCCACAACUAUUGCUUGAAUAUGAUGGAAAGAUUGAAUAUAAUGAUUGAUGUUGCAUCUGCUUUGGAGUAUCUUCACCACGGUUAUUCAAUACCCAUUGUCCACAGCGACUUGAAGCCUAGUAAUGUGCUGUUAGAUGAAGACAUGGUUGCCCAUGUAAGCGACUUUGGGAUAGCAAAGUUGUUAUGUGAUGGAGAUAGCUUUGUGUUAACCAACACGCUAGCAACAUUGGGUUACAUUGCUCCGGAGUAUGGUUUGGAAGGGCAAGUUUCAACAAGGUGUGAUGUGUAUAGCUACGGGGUGAUGUUGAUUGAAACUUUUACGAGAAAAAUGCCUAGUGAUGAUAUGCUUUGCGGAGAUAUGAGCUUAAAGAGAUGGGUAGAACUCUCACUUUCGGAGAACCCAGAUGAAGUGAUAGAUGCCAACUUAGUCAUGAAUUUGGAGGAAGAAAUGAUUGACAAGAAUAUGCAGUGUGUGUCAUCCAUACUUGAAUUAGCUCUGAAAUGCUCCGCCGACUCUCCCGGGGAUAGAAUCAACAUGAAACAAGCACAUGCAGAGUUGCAGAAAAUCAAACAUCGAUUUUCCCAAAGAGAUUCAAGUAAGCUAUUUUAA